AUGUUACAGGGAAGCGGAAAGAAACUCCCGCCCCAAGUUGAGCCUCUCCACAGUGACCCGGAAGAAGUUCAACUCCUUCCGUCCCAUUGCCCCCCCCCCCCCGGGUCGACCCACGUGACUCAUCACGGAGGUCACGCUCCGCCGCUCGGCGCGGCGCCUCUCCGACCACCCCUUUCGCGGAAAGCCUUCCUCAGACCUAGGGAGCAAGUCCGGCUUUCUUCGAAUCUAGAAUUCCCCCAUUGGCCCGAACGCGGCUGUCCAUCACAGCGGAGGGGCGGGGACCCCCCCCCCGUUCCUAUUGGCUCUUCUUUUCCGCAGUCCCCGCCUCCUGCCGAGCGCUCCCAGCCUGUCCGCGGCUCGGUGGGCGAGGCCGGUCCCCCUGCCCCGCCUGCAGCCCGGAGCCCGGGUCAGCCUCGGCGCCCUCCCGUAGUCAGUGACCAGCUCCAGCCGGGGCCGCGCGCGCCGCUCGCCCGCCCCCCCUCCACCCUCCCCCGCCUCCGCCCGCGUCCUUCCCGGCUCCCGCCCGCCCGCCCGCCCGCCGCGGCCGCGCGCUCCGCCGCCAGGCGGGCUCAGGAGGCGCCGAGGGAGGCGGGCUGCGGAGAAGCCACCGGCGGCCCUGCGCUGCGGACGGCGACCACGGCCGCGCGGGACCUCAGGCCGGAGAGCCCCGGCGGCGGCGGCCGCCCCUCGCGCCGGGGCCGUUAG